AUGAUAUUCGGUUCUUGGUCAUUGGCAGAAAGGGCUACUCCUUCGCUUUUGGCCUUUGUUAUUUUUAUGAAUUUGAUGGAUUCAGCUUCUGCCAUAUUCCGACAUCGUUCGCUAUUUAAUGACACCACUAUGGCCGCGGAGCACUACUUCUCAAUACCACCAGAGAACCCAUGGCAUCCCUCCAAUGUGCUUUAUAAGCAGUAUAUUGUCUACAGUUUGUUAAACUAUUUGUUUGCUGAUUAUCUCGUAGAUGAACUUUCUACUUUGGACCAAGAUUGUGAUAUAAAUGUGCUGGGAAUCUGCACUCUUGAGAAGAGCAAGCUUGGUCAUUUUGGCGUGUAUGAUGAUUAUGACGAUGUCCCACCAGCAUACUUAGAUUCGGACCUCUUUGGUCACUUAAGCACCAUAUUCGGUGGUUUGAUAUCAUCAAAUAGCGCCGACUUCUACAUCGAUGAAGAUGUGCCUACAGAAUCACCUAUCUGGUUUAAAAAAUCGGGUUUUUUUAUUAUGCACGUUUUUGACAAGAAUAAGGAAUUUAACUCCACCUUAUCUAAAAUCUCACCAAUCCAAGUAUCAUCCACUAUGACUAUGUCGAUAAAUAAGAUUUGGUCUGCUGAUUAUAACUCAUUAGGCGGUGUAAAUACUACUUUUGGGGGCCAUUUGAUGGUAGAGGGCGAUAGAAUUAAUUAUAUGAUCUACAGGUACUUCAAGCAUAAACGCGAACUGGCUUCAUUUUCUGCUUUUUACUCUGAGGCCGCUGAAGUGACAAAUCUUCUUAUUGAGGCCGUAGAUACUGAAUUUCCAAAAAACGUCAUUGGAUCGUGCGUUUCUUUCUAUCAUGAUGGACCUUCCGCCGUUUAUAUCAAAUUUCUCGAGACUGGGUCCGAUUUAACUUUCGAUGAUAUACCUUGUGAGGGCAUGAUGGGAUGGGGUGCCCUGGCGUGA